AGCGCCAAGGCUACGCACAAAAUAACAUACAGGGUACCUAAUAUGGGAAGCUUAGAGUUCAACAGCCUUGGAGUAACCGGUAUCCAUAGUCACCGCCAAAAAUUGAACGUUUUAGCGCCGCAUGACUGCCUGGACUGCUGUAUGUAGCCUCCAGAGGGCUCCAUCGUUCCUCCAUUCUUCCCUAAGAGCCCAGUGAAAAGCAGCGGAAGGUACCCACAAUUUUCAGCAGAGGCAAUUCGACGAGAGGAGGAAACAUUUUCCAAUCUUUUUGUUGUUCUUCACGUUCCUAAUUUCUCUAAUUUCUCCCCUCCCCCUCUUCCCUCUUGGGCCAAAACUUUUUUUCCUUUUCUUUGUCGAUAGUUUGGCCUCCCGAUCACGGCGAUAUGUUAUGGACCCCAUGGCCGUCGUCUGUCCCUACCGUUCUGUUCGUGUGCGCUCUGUUGGCUUGGUGGUUUAUUGAGCCUAAGACGACCCAUCUGAACUUGAUAGUUGUCAUCGGCUGUGUCCUCUUUUACUGGGCUGUAGCACCCGAGCUGGCCCAGGCCACACCUUACCAAAUCUACCAGUUUUCCGUCCACGCCGCCAAAUUAUUACGACUCGACGUUUUAGUCCUCUAUCAUGCCAAUAUGCUCGUUACCGGUCUAGCUGUUGUGUGGUUGGCUCACAGAGCCGUCCAGACCUUAAGGAAGUCUGUCAACGAACUUAUCGGUGUUCUCGGUGUCGAGGUUCCUGAUGCACCCGAUGUGUCGCUAGCAGGAAUCCGUGCCGAUGCCGCAACCCUUAACUGGACACGUCCACUACCUACUCGACCCGUUGCGAAAUUUACCAUCCAGGUCAAUGGCGUUAAUGUUGGCGAUUCCGCCAACCAAGAGACAGCUAUUACCGUGACGGGCCUGAAACCAAAUCAUUUCUACAACAUCCGAGUCAUCGCUGUAGGGUAUAACAAUUUCCAGGCAGGUAGUCGCGUUAUACGGCUUAGGACAUACGCGAGAGAUGGUCGCCCUCAGCUUGGAGACGGUCGCCUACCGUCCAACUUUGUCCCCGAGGAGCAGCAACUCGCCAUGCCCAACGACCACGCGGAUGAAGAUGGAGGAACGAGAACCCCAGCUGCCGGUGUAGAGACCGCUUCUAUUCCCGACAAUUCCGGCGUCACGCGUGAGGCCAGCUCAAGCAAUUUAUCCAACACGAGGCGAAAUACACUAACGCGGAAACACUCGCCUUCUACGACAAGCAUGGAUCAGUCUGUUAAGGAAGCCCUGACUAAAGAAUCGGAUGAAUCAUUAGAGGAACUAGGUCAGCGAUUCGAGAGCAUCCGGAAGGAAAUUGACGAAACACAGGCGCAAAUUGCCAAGGAUGAAAAAGAACAUAAGGAAUUAGUGGAUGAGUUAGCAGGGGAGAAAAAGACGAAGAGACGUAUACAAAAAGAGAAAGAUGACAUGACAGAAAAAUUGAAGAGGGAAAUGGGAUCCACGGAGAGGGCCAUGAGAAGCGCACAGCAACGAAAGACCCAGAAAGAAAAGCUAUUAAAGGACAAGCAGGCUGAGAGACAAAAGCUCCAUGAUGAUAUAGCAAAGUGGGAAAAAGAUAUGGCAUCGAUGCUAAAGCGCCAGGCCGGGUUCGAAAAAGAAAUGAAUUCCUGCCAAAAGGAUGCCGACGCUCGAGCUGAGGAGCUACGCGCCGAGAUUGCUCAAGCGCAGGCGAGUCUCGCCCAGGAAGAAAUGGAGCUCAAGGAAAAGAGCAAGGAACUCAAAGAAGCCGAAGAGCAGAGAAAGAAACUGCCCGGUGGAGAGGAAAGCGAAGAAUGGCGCGAGACGGACCGUCAGAUUAAAAGAGAGUGGGAGAUCAGGGCUAGGGAUCUACAGCGACGGCUCUUUUCUGCCAACAGGAAGCUACGGAUGGUCAACGACUACGAAACCGUGUUGCAGACUCAGUUGGCGGCAGCACAGCAAACCGGUCUUCCCUAUAUGUAUAACCAGGCAAAUUCCUCCGGGGUUGAUUUCGAUCUCGGAACGCAGAACCAACUCAAGCGACGAAGCCGAAACAGUAAUUCACUUUCUAACGUAGCCAUCCCCUCGCCCGUCCAGUCAUUCACGAUGAUCGAACGACCCUACGGACCCUCCGCAACAUUUGGACCAUCUCGUCCUCCUACAAUCCCGCCUGGAUUUGCCCAGGGUCCUUAUUUAGAACACAAUCCCGAUUUCCACGACCUACUCGAAGACGAAGGUAUGCGGCAUCUCAGCGGUGCUGCACCGCUUAGUCCUACCGCCACGUCUCUCCUACCUGCAGGAAUGCUUGAUGACCUGAUAGACGACGAGCCACCUAGUCCCGGCUCUCGACCAAGUCGUCAUAAUACAUUCGGUUCGCCAUUUGCGCCCGAGAAUGACCCGCAAUCACCAGCCUCUUCGGCUCGAUCACUUAGCAUUUUAUCUAGCCCACACGGCUCUUCUCACCAUUUACCCUUCUCGCAAUACACUGGCGAGAAUAGUGAGCGUCGCUCACUCAAAGGACUCAGAGGUGAUCUUAACCCUGCAUCAUCUCCCAUCGCCCCUCCGAUUCAAGCUACAAACAGACGGACAUUCUUGCCGUGGCUUCACCGCGGGUCUAAGCCGGUUGAUGAACCACCGGCUUUGGGCACCUUGAAGGCCGGCCAGACGCAAUCCUUACCACGUCAAGCCGAAGAUGGAGAUGCUAGUCCGAGCAAGCGGCGAAUCAGUUUCUCCUCCGGUUGGAACAUGUUCAACCGAAAUUCUGCUGGCCCAGAUCUCCCGGAGAUCAGUAGCCCGAGUGCGCGAGGCGUACCUUCACGCAGAAUAGGUCUCGCCACGAAUACGAACAGUAUGGGAAGCAACAUCUUUUCUGAACGCGACCCAAGCAGUCCGAGACCUGUCUCUAUCGCAUCUUCCGAGUUGCCUCGUCCAUCAACCGACAGCAGCUCCAUCUGGGGCCGAGGCCCACAGCCCAACCGACUUUGGUCGAGAGAUGAUAAUCCGUGGGCCUCGCAGAAUCCGUCCAGGAGACCUUCCCUCCACGGGUCGCCCUCUGUAUUAAAGACUACUCUAGCCGAUGCCGACGAUGAGAUACUAGAUGAUUCUGAUCUGCUGCACGCAUCGCCCAGUCAGGUGGGAGUUAUUGGAACCAAACCCUCGUCCAAGACGCUUAGUCAACGCCUUAAUCCGGCUGCGCCUAGCUUCAUGGCAGGGUUAUUCCGUGUUAAGCCUGAUAAGGAGAUGGAUAGGGGGCAUGGGGACCCAACGAAAACAAGGGCUAAAUCCAAGGAUAAGGAGUUGGCCAAGGAGAAAAAACCGCGUAUUUCCUUAUCGGACGUGUCUGAGGCUGCGGCACCAUCUAUAGAUGAGACCCCAUCGGAGCCUCGGAAGUCCCGCGAUAUCUACUCUAUCGGCACACCGUCCAUCACCGAAUCGCGCGAGUCACUCAACUUAGAACACACUCAUUCGAAUACUCCUUCUGAUCAAGCGGUCGGGCCUGGAAGUAAGGACCAGGAAAGUGGGUUCAGGAAGCUCCUACGGAAAGGGAGUUCCUCGAAGUUUAGCUUCUCUUCCGUUAGGGGAUUAGGGGCUAAGAAGGGACCUAGCAGCGUUACUAACUCGGAUAAAAACGCGUCCGUUGAGCGUAGCAGCUUUGACGAAUACGCCGAGGACAGCAGUGGCGGUGGUGUUGGUCUUGCCCCUGGUCGCAGCUACGACAGCCUCCACAGCAGUCCAUCUUUGGGGCCCACAAGUGCGAGCAGACAUGUUAAGGACAAGUCAGUGAACUGGGGCUCCAGGUUUAGCAUGAAGAAAAAGGCUGGAAAAGAAAAGGAGAGCUUGGAUCUAGCGAGAGAUGAGUUGGCUCCGAGCACGCCUACGGCUGAGGAGAGACCCUAGGCCGAAACUAACUACGUAGAAGUAGUUUUAGGAACGACAUCAGGAAUGAAGUCGUUCAUGAGAAAAGCAAUAUCAUGACUUAUCUGCGUUCUAA